AUGUCUGCAGGAUCUGAUGCUAGGAUCUAUAGAUGCACGUUUAUUAAUAAGGAGGCAGUGAAAAAAGUUAUAUACAGAAAAUAUUACAGACAUAAAAAGAUAGAUACGAAAAUAAGAAAAUUAAGAGUAUCUAAUGAAAUUAAAUUUACAAAAAAGUUAGCUAGUUUAAAUAUUGAUGUUCCAUAUAUUUAUUUUGUUGAUGCUAAGGAAAAAAGUUUAUAUUUCGAAUAUGUGAAAGGAUGUACUAUAAAUUUCAUAUUAAAAAAUAUAAAAGAAUAUGAACCCAAAAUACCUAUAUGUAUAGGUAUGGUGUUAGCAAAAAUACAUAAUGGUAAUAUCAUACAUGGAGAUUUUACUACAUCAAAUUUAAUUUUAAGAAAUUCUUUUAUUCAACAAAAUAAUUUAUUAGAUUUAAAGAAUAAUAAUUUGCCAUAUAAUUUUAGUGACUUGGAAACUAUCAAAUUGUGUGUUAUAGAUUUUGGAUUAUCUUUUUUAUCAUCCUCAAUAGAAGAUAAAGCUGUCGAUUUGUUUGUUCUCUUAAAGACAAUCAAAAGUUUUCAUAGUGAAUUCCCCUCUUUGGAGGAAGAUAUUCUUGAAGGAUACAAAAUGAAAUCUGACAAUGUUAAGGAAAUUUUGAUAAAAUUAGAAAUAGUUAAACAGAGGGGAAGAAAAAGACCUAUGGUUGGAUGA